UUCAUUUUAACCGUACAUAUGUUUGUAUUCCAGAACCUUCCCCAGAUUUACUUGGUCCUCUUCCUCUUCACGGAAUUGUGAAUUAUGUGAAGUCACAAAGUCAAAAGCACAGUUUGACAGUAUCAUGUCAUGGGCAACUGGUGGUGGAGGUUCAAAGGAAUAACCUUUUUGUUGCCACCUUUAUUUUUAUUUAAGCACCUUGGUUUCUCCGUCUUUCUUGGAGACACACACACGCUCUCUCAUGACUCUAACCAACUUACCCACCAACUAAUAAUCUUUUUAAUUCCAAAAAACCAAACAAUGCCUCUUUUUCUCACUUCACAACUUUUAUUUGUGUUUGAGUUCUCCAAUGGCAGCUCCUGCACCAUUCUCUCUUUCUUCUGAUCCCUUCGCUUCCAAAUCUGCCACAUCAACGAUCUUUGGUCCUGCCGCGCUGAAAAAAGGGAACUUUGAGCAAACCCAUUUCGGAAUUUUCACGGCUUUAAGGAGAAAUCAAGGUUUCACUUUAAAGGCUUCAAUGGGGCCUCCGGGAUUUACAGAGAAACUUAAUAACAACAAGCUAAAGACUUUAGCUGAUGCUGAAGAUGGGUGUGAUAUAUUUAAUGACCUGAAAGAUAGGUUUUUAAGUUUUAAAAAGAAUAAAUACCUGAAAAAUAUUGAACAUUUUGAAAAUCUUGCAAAGGUUCAAACACCAAAGUUCAUGGUUAUUGCUUGUGCAGAUUCUAGGGUAUGCCCUUCUAAUGUUUUGGGAUUUCAACCAGGAGAAGCAUUCAUGAUUCGCAAUGUUGCUAAUUUGGUUCCUACCUUUGAGAGUGGACCCACAGAAACGAAUGCGGCUCUUGAAUUUGCGGUGAACUCCCUUCUGGUUGAGAACAUCUUAGUCAUUGGCCACAGCUGCUGUGGUGGUAUACGUGCCCUGAUGGGUAUGCAAGAUGAUGAUGUUGAAAAAAGUUUUAUAAAAAGUUGGGUCAUUGCUGGGAAGAAUGCAAGAAAAAAAGCCAAGGCUGCUGCUUCUAACCUCAGCUUUGAUGAGCAGUGCAAGCAUUGUGAGAAGGAAUCAAUUAACCAUUCCUUGUUAAAUCUACUUACUUACCCCUGGAUAGAAGAAAAGGUGGCAAAUGGAGAACUCUCUAUUCAUGGUGGUUACUACGACUUUACCGAUUGUUCAUUUGAGAAGUGGACAUUGGAUUACCGGGGAACCAAAUUGGAGGAAAAUGGCAAAAUUGCUGCCAAAAACAAAAUAUUUUGGUGUUGAAGUUUGUACUUAUAUUUUCCUGUGUUCAUCGUGUUGUUUUUUUCAAAAAUUCGUAGGACUUUAAAAGCAUAGGCUGAGUUAUGUAUUUUUGUAGGAUCUAUAAGAUGUUUAAAUCGAUCGAGUUGAAUAACCCCCUAUCAUUUCAGGUGUAUGUUGUAUUAUUGCUAUGUGAAAAAACGUUAAGGUCAUAAUGUACUCCGGGCUUUGAUGGUUUUUUUUUUUUU